AUGUCCUGGGGUCCUUGGGGCCCACGGAGGGAGAGCAAAGGUAGCUCUGUCUCACCACGUGCCGAAUCCAAGCGCUCGGUCUCACCACUGUCUCGGUGGUCAUCGGCCCGUCAAGCCGUGGAGCGCACUGUGAAGACUGCAACAGCUGUAAAUGCACUUGCCCGGUCGAAUUCGCCAAGGCCACAACCUGUUGGCACCAGCGUAGUGGAGUGGGCUGACCAUAAGCAGCUUAAAGAAAUUGCCAAAGAUCUUCAGCGACAGCUGCAGCGCAAAGAGGCAGAGACUCAGCGACUCACAGAGCGGGUGCAGACCUUGGUCACCCUACGAGAUGAACAGCUGUCCGAGAGCCAGGCCACCAGUCGAAAGUUGCACUAUGCCUUGGAGCAGGAGGAGGUCGAAGUGCAGCGCCUCAAGGGUCGCAGUUCCGAACUACAGGACGCCCUGGCUGCAGAGGUAUCCGGACGCCAUCGAGCUGAACAGCAUUUGAGGCAGCCAUGCAUGGAUUGCGCCGAACACCGUGCGCAGCACACCGAAAUGAUGGCUGAUUGUCAAAAUUUGCGGGCGCAGCUGGUCGAGUUCGAAGCUUUGAAGCUCCACCUGUACCCUGACUCAAGUGGGGUGUAG